AUGUCUAUUAAGUCAGUGAAGUAUUUAUACAAAUAUGUCUAUAAGGGGCAUGAUUGUGCGAAUGUGGUAGUUAAUGAAAGUGUUGACCAUGAUGAAAUUAACACAUAUUUAGAUUGUCGCUUUGUUUCCGCCCCAGAGGCUCUUUGGCGAAUAUAUGAGUAUUCCAUAAGUGAUAUGUCACAUACUAUUAUCCGCCUUCAAAUCCACCUUCCUGAUAAUCAGAGAGUAUAUUUUAACGAAGGAGAAGAACAAGUAGCUAUAGAUCGUGCAGCACAGCGUGACACUCAUCUAACUGCUUGGUUUAAGUUAAAUGCUGAAAAUAAUGAAGCACGUCAGUAUUCUUAUGUUGAAAUUCCAUAUCACUUUGUUUUUGGUAAAAAUUGCAUGUGGAAAGUAAGACAAAGAGGUAGUGAUAAGGUGGUUGUUUGA